AUGAAUGCUCUGAAGGAUGCUAAUAAUGUGAUAAAAAUGGAAGAUGUAUUCAAUGUAAAUCUGGUCGUUAUUUAGAUUAAUAAAAUAAUUUAUGUGUUUUUUGUCUUAGUUUAUUUAGUAAUUGUAAAACAUGUACAGAAUAUAGUUGCAGUGUAUGUUUAUCUACACACUAAUUAGAUGAAUCAGGUUAAUGUGUUUUAUUACCUGAUGGUCCUAAUGGAAAUAAUUCUAUAUCAUGCCCUUAGGGAUGUUAAUAAUGUAUUAGAAAUGGAAGAUGCACUUAGUGUUUAUAGGGUCGCUAUUUAGAUUAAUAAAAAAAUUAAUGUGUUGUUUGUCUUAGUAGAUUUAGUAAUUGCAAAACAUGUACAGAAUAUAGUUGCAGUGUAUGUUUAUAAGGACACUAAUUAGAUGAAUCAGGUUAAUGUGUUUUAUUACCUGAUGGUCCUAAUGGAAAUAAUUCUAUAUCAUGCCCUUAGGGAUGUUAAUAAUGUAUUAGAAAUGGAAGAUGCACUUAGUGUUUAUAGGGUCGCUAUUUAGAUUAAUAAAAAAAUUAAUGUGUUGUUUGUCUUAGUAGAUUUAGUAAUUGCAAAACAUGUACAGAAUAUAGUUGCAGUGUAUGUUUAUAAGGACACUAAUUAGAUGAAUCAGGUUAAUGUGUUUUAUUACCUGAUGGUCCUAAUGGAAAUAAUUCUAUAUCAUGCCCUUAGGGAUGUUAAUAAUGUAUUAGAAAUGGAAGAUGCACUUAGUGUUUAUAGGGUCGCUAUUUAGAUUAAUAAAAAAAUUAAUGUGUUGUUUGUCUUAGUAGAUUUAGUAAUUGCAAAACAUGUACAGAAUAUAGUUGCAGUGUAUGUUUAUAAGGACACUAAUUAGAUGAAUAUUCAGGAUAAUGUCAAUUUAUGA